AUGGAGUCCGUACACCAUGUGUCGACCUCGUCGAAGAUCCUCUUCGGCAAAGUCCGCAAGAUCGUACCGCCUAUGCUUGAGAAGUUCCACAAAGGACAACUCGGGCGUGUAGCCGUCAUUGGAGGCUGUGUUGACCCCGUAUUUCUCGGCGAUGGCAUCGGCGAAACUAGGAUGCGAUAUGGUAUUGCUGGCACUAUGUCUUUCUGCCAUGGUACGCUAACCACGAUAAUCCAGAGCCAUGUUCUCUGUGAACGCUCCGCGGCACCUGUCGUCAAGUCCUACUCCCCGAACCUAAUGGUACACCCAAUCCUGCCCAGCGUGGACACAGUCAAAGACCCGAAAUCAAUUGACGCGCCGUCACUUGCCAGCCCAAUUAUCAGCAUGCUCUCCCGGCUCCAUGCCCUGGUGAUCGGCCCAGGGCUCGGGCGCGACGAAGUGACACUCAAAGUUGUGGCAGAGGUGAUCAAAGAAGCACGAACGCAAUCCAUCCCGUUUGUGCUGGAUGCAGAUGGGCUUCUCAUUGUGACAGAGAACCCGGACCUGGUAAAAGGGUAUAAGCAGUGUAUCCUAACACCCAACGUGGUCGAAUUCGGGCGCUUAGCCAAAGCCCUCGGAAUCAAAGUUGCCAGUCAAGCGGAUAUCGCCAAGAGCGGACAGGAUGGCGAUAAAACCAGCAAAGAGUCCGAAGCGUGUGAGCAACUUUCCAAGGCUCUGGGCGGUGUCACCAUCAUCCAGAAGGGUUCUCACGAUGUCAUCUCGAACGGUUUCGCGAGUAUCAUCUCUGAUAUUCAAGGUGGCCUGAAACGCAGCGGCGGCCAGGGUGACACCCUGACCGGCUCGUUGGGGACGAUGCUUGCCUGGCGAGCGGCAUACCAUGCUCGAAUGUGGGACUCGAGUGAGAAGGACAAUGACAAGGAGGCCGAGAAUAAGGAUGACGUCCGCGCAGAACUCGAGGACGAGAAUAAGCGCAUGUCGCCCGCGACUACCCUGCUUCUGGCCGCGUGGGCUGGGAGCGCUAUUACCAGGGAGUGUUCGCGACGGGCCUUUGAAGCCAAGGGGCGCAGCAUGCAAGCAAGUGAUCUGACCGAUGAAGUGCAUGGGAGCUUUGUGCGGCUUAUUGGGGAGCCGGAGGCAUCUAAGACUCAUCUUUAG